AUGGGCGGCUUUCCGGCGCUGCUCGCGCUGCUCGCGCUCGCCCUCAUUCUCGCGAGUGACGUCAUCCGCGGGGCGUCCGGCCAAAGCCUCACGGAGGUGCCGGCGACGCUGCUGGUGGCGACGCGGAUCUCGCUGGGCAGCACUUUUACCUUCAACUUCACGGUGGCGCGCUGCACCAACCUGCCGCGCACCAACCUCAGCGCCGUCGUGCAGUGGACCACCGCUCCCGGGGUGCUCCCGUGCAAGAACAUCACCCUCUGGAACGGCCCUUCGUGCACUGGAGAGUCCUUCCAAAGGAUGACCCCCGACACCACCAAAUACAAUCUCACCUAUGGCUUCUCAGUGUCUGCUCGCUGCAGCAUCGUACGCCACGUGCCCUGCUGGCUCCACCUGCACGCCAACCACGGACACCAGAGGCGUCACCUGCGCGUGCAAUCAGGUCCCCUAUGCCACCAAGGGCACUUGCCAAGGACCCUCUCACCCACCUACUCCACUCCCUCGCUUGCUGUGCUGCACGCGCCCCCUCCUCGCCCUCCCUGCAUCGCAUAUCACGUGACGUCUUCCCUGGGGUGGGGGACAUCAGCCGGAGUGCCGCCGCCAGCCAGCAGUGCUGUGGACGCCAGUGCGGGGUGGCCCACGGAGGUGACCACCAGGAUAGUGGUGGCCACGCCGGUGAAAGUGGGGCGCUACAGCGUCUCCUUCGACCCCUACUCGCGCUGUGCAACCGUGCCCGACGGCACGGCGCCCGCUAAUGUCAGCACGCCUGUGAGCGUCCAGUGGAACGCCAGCAGCAGCAGCAGCUCGCAGGGGGGCGUGGUGGCGAGUGCGCCGUGCGUGCAAGUGGCGUUCUUCCGGGGCAGCAGCUGCGACGACAGGACUCCGCUCGACACCAUGGCUUCGAGCUCCAUGUCAGUUCGUGUGGUGGAGGCAGGCAGGGCAAGGGUAGAGGCAGGUGGUACGAGAAGAGGCGCGAUGGGAGGGGAAGGGGGACGGGAUGGCAUGGAUGGCAUGUUCUAUGGAUUCACCACGUGCCCGCCCAACUCUGUGUGCCUGGACGCCAAGAACAUCAGGGCUGCCACCUGCAAGUGCGAGGACGGUUAUGUUGCCAUCAACGACACCUGCCAAGACAAGUGCAUGCUGAGCUGUAUGGCCAACAACGCAUAUUGCGUCAGGGACACAGUCGGAACCCCACAAUGCUUUUGCAACAAGGGAUUUGAGAUGAGCACUGACAAAACUACAUGUGCCGUUGAUAAAUGUUUUUCUGUGAAUUGUGGGCCCAACGGCAAGUGCAUCAAGGAUGCGAAUGGAAAUGCUACCUGUGCUUGCAACACUGGCUUCCAGAUGCCUCCCAACAACCUCACUUGCGUUGACAAGUGUAAGCUCGUGACUUGCACGGCCAACUCAACCUGCGUCAAGGAUGCGAAUGGGGAUACAAGUUGCGAGUGCAUCACUGGCUUCGACAGGCUUCCGGGCAACGACACUUGCGUUGACAAGUGUAAAUCCGUGGAUUGUGGGACCGGCGGCAAGUGCAGGAUGAAUGCAGAUGGAAAUCCGGAAUGUACUUGCAUCACCGGCUUCACGAAGAAUUAUGACGAGUGCAUCGACAACUGUGAUUGGUUUGGUUAUGACUGUUGGUCCGGCUCGUGCAAGAAGGACACCAAGGGGAAUCCGUAUUGUGACUGCGGCAAAGGCUACAGACAGACUGCUGACGGGCGCUCUUGCAUUGACAUUUGUGAAUUAGUGGAUUGUGGCGAAGGCACGUGCGUGAAGAGAUAUGAUGAGGAGGGCAACGGACAUGCAGAAUGCGAUUGCCCCGCGGGCUACCAAGUGGCUGGGAGUGGGCGCUGCACUGACAUAUGCAAUGUGGUAUGUCCGGCCAGCCAAACGUGCAGGAGGAACGGGGACUACAUCACGUAUUGUACCCAAUGGGACUAUUGUGAUAGGGAUUAUUGUGGGUAUGGCGGCACGUGCAGGAUCGAUAAAGUUAAGGAUACUGAGUACUGUCUCUGCGACCCCGGCUACAAGUUGUCUGCCGACCAGCUCUCUUGCAUUGAAGCAUGA